AUGUCUCCAUUCCAAUUUUGCCGUUCAUUGAUGAUUGGAGAAGGUGGAUUUGGUGGUGUGCAUAAGGUUGUAAUCCAAAGCACAGAAGAUUCUCAUAAGAAAAUUGAUAUUGCUGUUAAACAGCUCAGCAGGCGAGGGUUGCAGGGACACAAAAAAUGGGUGACAGAAGUAAAUGUUUUAGGGGUAGUUGAACACCAAAAUCCUGUCAAAUUAGUGGGUUACUGUGCUGAGGAUGACGAAAGCGGAAUACUGAGGCUACUGAUAUAUGAAUACAUGCCCAACAGGAGUGUGCAGGAUCACCUGUCAAGCCGGUUUCAAACAACUCUUCCUUGGGCCAGCAGAAUGAAAAUUGCCCUGGAUGCAGCCCGAGGCUUAGCAUACCUCCAUGCAGGAAUGGAUUUUCAGAUUAUCUUCAGAGAUUUCAAAUCCUCAAAUAUACUUUUGGAUGUGCAUUGGAAUGCAAAGCUGUCAGACUUUGGAUGGGCCAGACUAGGGCCUUCAGAUGGAUUAAGUCAUGUCUCUACCGCGGUAGGAACCAUAGGAUAUGCAGCUCCUGAAUACAUUCAAACAGGUUGCCUCACAGCCAAAAGUGGUGGAUGGAGAUAUGGAGUUUUCCUUUAUGAACUCAAAACUGUUAGGCGUCCUUUGGAUCGGAAUCGGCCCAAGGGCGAAGAAAAACUCUUGGAAUGGGUCAGGCCACACAUCUCUGAUAUGAAGAAAUUCAGGUUGAUAUUGGACCCUAGGCUCAAAGGGAAGUAUUCCCUCAAAUCUGCUCAAAAACUUGCAGUUGUAGCCAACGAAUGCUUGGCACGGCAGGCCAAACUGCGCCCCAAAAUGAGUGAAGUUCUAGAAAUGGUGGAUCGAAUUGUGGAAGCAGCAGACAUGGUGAGCCCCCAACUCCCCAUGAAGAGUUCAACUCCAAAAAAUGAUUCUGAACUAUCAAAUGGAGAACGCUUGAAAAGAAGGUUUAUUGAUCUGAUAACCCGGGAAAAAGGGUGUUUGAUUUGGCGAAGAUGGAGGCCAAAGAUCAUGUGGACUUGUUAA